UAUCUUCCAAGAAUAUUAUUAGCCGAACCAGCAAUGGACAGAUAAAUGGAAUGAAACCUGCUCUCUCUGGCUACAGAUCUGCCCAAGGUCCUCAAAGACUUCCUUUCCCUACUAGUUACAAAAGGCAGCGAGGAUAUGAGGAGGAAGAUGAUGAUGAAUAUGAUUCUGAAAUGGAUGAUUUCAUUGAAGAUGAAGGAGAACCUCAGGAAGAAAUAUCAAAGCACAUUCGAGAAAUCUUUGGCUAUGACCGAAAAAAAUACAAAGAUGAAAGUGAUUAUGCCUUACGUUACAUGGAGAGUAGUUGGAAAGAGCAGCAGAAAGAAGAAGCAAAGAGUUUAAGACUAGGUAUGCAAGAGGACUUAGAGGAAAUGAGACGUGAAGAAGAAGAAAUGAAACGUCGAAAAGCCAAGAAGCUGAAGAGACGUUAGCUGCUCUUUAUUUUUGAAAAAUUCUGGAAACACUGCUGCAAGGAGUUUCUGCCUUCAGACUGAAUAAGCCCCCUUUUCAUUUUAGAUUUAUACUUGGGUACUCMAGAGAAGGAAUGCAUACUGUUACUUGCAGGCUGUCAACUGAGCAUAAAGUAUUUUCAAAUACYCCAGGGUGAAAUCUGUAAUGCCCACAGUGUGCUCUUAUGAAGUUAACUGUUCACACAGAUGCCAGCCUUGAUCCUGAUGAGCUAUGCACUCUAAUGUGGGGCCACUGACAAGUCAGCCAAUCUUCUGUUGUUCCUUUGCUACUUUAAAAGGAAAGAAAGGAUUGCCUCUUGACUCCUUAUAAUUCUGCUGAUGUGAGUAGGGCACUGCCUAACUCCAAAUCAAACUUAYUGUCUUUAUGAGGAACCUGGCCCUUCCAUGAAUGUUUCCAGCAAUAAAGUGACCUGUCCUAA